AUGAAGAAGAUGCCCAGUUUUGAGUUAGACCUUUUGAAAGAAGAUGCAAAUGUGUACAAGUUGAUUGGUUCAGUUCUUGUGAAGCAAGAUUUGGCAGAGGCCAAUGCAAAUGUGCACAAGAGAAUUGAAUACAUCUCUGCUGAAUUGUAUGCUUAUCCUGGUCUUACUCAUUCAAUAAGCACUGAAGAGCUCAAAAAUAGAUGGUCUGCUAUCCAACUUGCUACAAAUAAGUUUUGUGGGGCCUUAGCUCAAAUUGAAAGAAGGUCUCCAAGUGGGGCUAAUGAGAAAGAUAAGAUUGAGAAAGCCAAAGAGUUAUACCAAAGUAUCCAUCCCACUUCAUUCAACUUUCUUCAUUGUUGGACUAUUCUACGACACCAUCCAAAAUGGAAAGAAUCUGUGGCUGAGGGUAGCAGUAUGAAAGCUAAAAGAAGAUCAAUAAUUCGAGAUGGUCAUGCACCAGAGUUCAUAGAUGAAGAUACUGCAGCACCAUCUUUAGAUGUGAAUUUAGAGAGACCAAUUGGAAAGAAGGCUGCAAAGAAGCGAAAGAGGCAAGAGGAUAACUCUUCCAAUCUUACUGAUUUGGUGAUUGAAAUAAAAGGGGAGAGAAUCAAAUCUAAUGCUGAGAAGGGAGAAAUUAGGAAAGAGUAUGCCCGCAUUGCAAAAGAAAGGCUUGAAUUGGAUAAACAGAAAGAAGAGACUGAAAUCAUGAGGAGGGAGUUAGAAAUUAUGAGAGUAGAUGUAUCAACUUUAUCUCCAACGCAACAAGAGUAUUUCCGUACCCUCCAAUUGGAAAUACUUGAGAAGCAAAAGUCUAGAAAGCCAUGA